AUGUCAUCUUUCACAUCACUGAACUUUCUAGAAGUUACAAAUGAAGCAGGAGCGGCUCCUCGUCCGCCUUCUUCGACUCCGUUUUCUGAAGAUAGUGAGAAAGAAGUAGAAGCUACGUCGGGGAAAGAGGUGGAACCAGUGGAUUCUUUGAAUUUGAUCGGCCUUCAACAGAAAGAAGAACGCACCAAGCUGAUUGAGGAGCAGCUUUCGGAGACUCUGGAGAAAGAAAGUGACGUAGUGAGCGAGAAAUCAUCUGAUUUUAUUGUGUUUCGGAAGUGUAAGUUUGCUGAGAAUUCUCUACCCUCACAAGAGAAAAAUAUUUUCAAAGACGACGGGGUUUCUGAAUAUGUUGAGAAACCUUCGUCAGGUUCUUUAGAAACUGACAACGUAAAAUCAAUUCAUAAUGGUAAGCCAUCCCUUGAAUCAAGAGAGGGAGGAACUCCAUAUACACCAAAAGAGAAAUGUCAAGAAUUUGUUGGAAACGGAGAGUCAUAUACAUCGCAGGAAGAAAAUGAAUUGACUGAGAAACCGGAGGAAAAGCUGAAGAAGACGAUGAGAGUUCAGAGCAACGAGAAUAUCUCUGAUAACACCAGCGUGGCUCAUACGUCCUUGAAGUCGUGUGCUAGCGUAGGCACAGGUUUUGAGAAGAACUUUGAACUGAAUAGCAUACUUUCUGCUAUUAGAUCGAACGGCUUUCUUGAGGGGCGCGCAGAGAAUGGUGCGAUGGUGGAAGAAGCGUGGGAAACACUCCAGAAAUCUUACGUAUAUUACAAAGGCAAGCCUGUAGGUACCCUUGCGGCUAUGGAUCCUACUGCCGAGGCUUUAAAUUACAAUCAGGUUUUUGUAAGAGACUUUGUUCCCAGCGGUUUAACCUGUCUAAUGAGAUCAGCCAGUGCUGGUGGUGAUCCAGUAAUAGUGAAAAACUUCCUGUUAAAGACUCUUCAUCUUCAAGGCUGGGAGAAAAGGAUAGACAACUUCACACUUGGAGAAGGUGUCAUGCCUGCCAGUUUUAAAGUUCUUUAUGAUUCGCAUCGGCAAAAGGAAACCUUGGUUGCAGAUUUUGGUGGCAGUGCAAUAGGGAGAGUUGCUCCUGUUGACUCUGGGUUCUGGUGGAUUAUACUGCUAAGAUCAUAUACCAAGUGCACACAGGAUUAUACACUUUCAGAAAUGCCUGAGGUGCAAAGAGGAAUGAAGCUGAUUCUUAACCUUUGCCUUUCAGAUGGAUUUGACACUUUUCCGACACUUCUGUGUGCAGCUGGGUGUAGCAUGAUUGAUAGGAGGAUGGGAAUUUAUGGAUAUCCAAUUGAAAUCCAAGCGCUCUUCUAUUUUGCACUGAGGUGUUCAAGGCAGAUGCUGAAACCAGAACGAGAUGGCAAGGAACUCAUUGAGCGCAUUGAUAAGCGCAUCACAGCUCUCAGUUAUCACAUCCAAAAAUACUACUGGUUAGAUUUCACACAGUUAAACAACAUAUAUCGUUACAAAACUGAAGAGUAUUCCCACACAGCAGUCAACAAGUUCAAUGUAAUCCCUGAGUCCAUUCCCGAUUGGGUAUUUGAUUUUAUGCCCUUACGAGGGGGAUAUCUGAUUGGUAAUGUCAGCCCAGCUCGAAUGGACUUCCGCUGGUUUUUGGUUGGAAACUGCAUUGCAAUCUUGAGUUCCUUAGCCACACCUGCACAAGCAACUGCAAUUAUGGAUUUGAUUGAGGAGCGUUGGGAGGACUUGAUAGGAGAGAUGCCUUUGAAGAUCGUUUAUCCAGCACUGGAGGGUCAUGAUUGGAGAACUGUUACUGGAUUUGAUCCAAAGAAUACACGAUGGAGUUACCAUAAUGGUGGAACAUGGCCAGCUCUGAUAUGGCUACUCACAGCAGCAUGUAUAAAGACCGGAAGACCUCAAAUUGCAAAACGAGCCAUAGAGCUGAUGGAACAGCGCCUUUCAAAAAAUGGAUGGCCGGAGUACUACGAUGGUAAGGCUGGGCGUUAUGUUGGGAAACAAGCGAGGAAAUAUCAGACAUGGAGCAUUUCUGGCUACUUGGUCGCCAAGCGGAUGAUUGAGAACCCGGCCAACCUCCCCAUUAUCUCUCUUGAAGAAGAUAAAAGGCUGGAGCCCGUGAUUGUCCUUGGAAGCUCUGCUUAUGCACCAUGUAACCAGAUUUUGGCAAUGAAAUGCAGUGGUUUGCCACAAUGGAAUAAAUUUUAUGAUGGAAUUUCUUGAUAUCUGUUUCCUGAGCAAACCAAGCCAAGUGUUUUUCUACAGUUGGGCACCUUGAAGCUCAUCUGUUUUUUUUUGAAGGAAUCUUAUGUUUCAACUUGUAGGUCCAGUAUAAAUAUAUUAGAAACUGAUGAAACUGAUGAACCAUUUUAAACUGCUAAUAACUGCCUGUAUUUAUCAGAAAAUGGAUAUUGGGUGGGGUCAUUAUCAUUAUGGAAACGUUUUACCAUUGCAGAUCAAUAACUGAACAGGUGGUGACUAGAAAUUAGCUUUCAGAAUAAGUUCUACUAGUUGGUUGCAAUAUGAGGUUAGCAUUCCCCUUGAAAUUUAUUGCAACCCAAAGCAGAGUUUGUUAAUGAAGAUUAUGUUUGAUGUUUCUUCUUUAUUAAGAUAUUCCCUCGAGUUAACUUUUAUUUUAUGUUUUGCAGAAUAGAAUCUUGCCAUCGGUCAGUAUUAGUCAACAUAAAAUGACUCGCAAUUGAAUUGGAUUAUAUCAGGAAAGCAGGCAGAUUGGGACAACUUUCCCGCUUGUGUUUUCAACCAUAAAAACAAGGACCCUUUCCAGAGAAACAUGUUUUUCCCCCUAUUUUUCCAUUUUCAUGCAAAUUUUUUUCCCUUUUGAAAUUAAUUAUACAUAAGAGACUUGAUAUAGAUUUAUUAGUAUCUUCCAACAUUCAGCAAACAAGUUAAAUGAUGGUUGUGAUAAUGAUACUGCUGCUAGGGUUGCUGAUGGCUCUUGCUUGUUGCUGCUGCUUCUACUUAUUACACACGGACAAGGAAUCAUUUUUUAUCACUUUGUCUCAUCAUAGUUUUCCGGUGAAAACAAAAACUUAAACAGAGCAGCUGCUGAGCAAAUUUUUUGAGUUUGAGAGUAGCGGAGAAGAUAACAGCUUGCUUGAAAUUUGUGAAUUGUGAGGAAAACGACAUGCUUCAGAAGCAGGGACUGCUGCUGCUAGAUCGAAUUGUACUGUUACAUCAAAGUUCCAAGAUCAUCCUAUGACUCCAACAACUCUUUUUUUCUUAGACUGAGAUUGAGAUUGAGAUUUCUUAGUUUCUGUUCUUCAUGAUAAAAAAUUUCUUACUUUCUUUGAAAUCAAUAAUGAAGCAUUAGAUUUUAUGUGAAAA